AGGUAGAGCGUAUUCAAAGAUCCGUGUGCGAGAACACGACGCGAGCGAUCUCGACAUCUUCAAGCGGCUCAGCACGGAAAUCGCUUUGCGGCUGGGUGCUUCUGGCGAAUCAACGUCAUUAAAAACAGGAGUGGAGCAGGCUGCUGCUCAGGAGCGAAAUCAAGGUUCAGAAGAAGGUCUCCCACCUCCGCAAAAAAGUUUGGAAGCAACACUAGAAGAUAAUGGUCCUCUUGAGAAGUUCCGGAUGAACUCCGACGACUGGGUAUUGCCAUUGCGGGCUCCCGAAGGCUCGAUUCAGGUCAAAGUUCAAGAGCCGGUCGCGCUUUCGAGUGGCUGUGGCCAGAAAGGUAAUUAUAAUCCGAGAUUGCUGCUGGAAGUGGAACGCCAGCAGGAUGAAAGUGUCAAUUCUGUCCUCCUAGGCCACGUAGCUGAGCUUUUCCACCAGCUCCGAUUCCAGGACCAAGCCCUUUACCGCACUGUCGGAUUGAGAUUACGCCAAGAGCUUUCAUCAAGAGGAAGAGCACAUGUACAACCUGCAGGUGGCAAAGUAGUCUGCUCGCCGAUGCACGACCUGCCGCGAGACGACUUUGUUGCGGGUAUGAAAUAUUUGCAGGCUUGCGCGAAGCUGAGCAUAAAUGGUGACGUCCUCCCCUUAGAAAUUGCGGGUUACAUUGUCAGCAGCCUUGGAUUUUGUCCCGCCGCAUGUGAGGUUGCGGAGAAGCACGUAAGAGAAGAAGGUGAACCACGGAGAAAGCAACCACCUUUUCCAGUUGAGAAAACUGAGGUUAUAUCGCGAGGAGGUCUUGGCCUGCUGGGACAUGGGUGUCAAUCCACAGCGAUUUCGACUAACAGGGUGCCUGACCUGGUGACUUUGAGCUCUCUGCUUCAAUUUUAUGCGAAGUAUGAUGCAGAGGAACGCGGCGGAGAAUUCAUUUGGCUGCUGCGCCAGGUUCGAAGUGUACUGUCAAGGCGCAUUGUCGAGCGCCGCUCAGCAUUUACAUUCGCACUUAUAGAUAAGCAAAUGAAUACGAGGAUAGCACACUCGACGUCGGAACUUCAGCAAGAUGAUCGCGGCAUUGCAGCUGUGGAAGUUGAUGACGCAGUCCGCGAUCUUACGAGGAAAGAGCAUCGUCCUUUGCCCUGUGCCUUACCGUCAAUCGUUCUGGGCCAGUUGUUUCUGCCGUUGUGUGCCCGACCCGAAGUGUGGAAAGCGGAGAAGCUUGACACGAUGGCCGCGGUCGUGGAGGCCAUGAAGAUAUCGAAUGUGGAGAACGCGGAAGGCAGUCAGCAGAGGUCUGUUAAGGAUAGAGAUGAGAAGCUCGAAAGGCGCUUCGAUCAUCCAGACACGAAAACAUCAGGUGCAGCAAGAAGGACGAUGGAAGCACAUCGAAGCCUUUCAGAUUGUAGGCGUGAUGCAAGGUAUGAGAAGUUACGUUCUCAGCUGCUGCAAUUCGAAGCGGCCUUGAGGCUUGAUGGAUGGCCGGUUGAAAUUCGUUCGGAUUUUGUGACCGGCGCUGGACUUCUAGUUCCAGGUAUGCGAUUUCCAAGAGCUGACGCUAGGCUGUCCCCCUUGCUGUCGCAGAAUCGUGCAGCGAAGCGAGGAGCAAAUCUCGCCAGGCUGAGAAAGGUCGCAUAUGAGUCGCUGCUACAAACUUAUGGUGAAAGGCGAGAAGGAGGACUUCAAAGCACUAGGACCGCCUCGUCUUUUACACCCAAUGACCGCGAACGUCCUGCAUCUUCUGAGGAGAGGAAGUCGAAUCGCAGCUCAUUGUUCCACUAUCAGGUUGUCAUGACACUGCGUGAUCUUGGUGAAACGUGGGAGAGUGAGGUUCCUGUUGGUCCCUACACAGCGGAUGUUUGGCUUCCGGAACGCAACCUGAUUAUUGAAACGGAAGGCCCGAUGCACUUCCGAAACUACAAUUGUUCUGCAAAAACAGCAAGGAACGGGUACGAGGACAACAAAGUCAAGGAUAACAACCUCGGAAGUACGGAGGCCGACACCAGCGAGGCUGAGAAGUUCGAGAUUUGUGAGGAGGUCACUUAUGAACACCGUGCUAUUUUGAGGGACCGUUUAUUGCAGAAGAUGGGCCAUCGUGUGCUCCACAUACCCUUCUUUCAUUGGCCCGAGGCGCGUCGAGAUCGCGCGCGCUAUCUGCAGCGCAUGAUCGCCCGAUUUGGCGAACAUUCUGCUAGCAGCCGAACUUCAAGGACGCUUACGAACACGAGACCGAAGAAACUUGAGCAUCACAAUCAUAGCUCAAAGAGACCCCUUCUUCACGAUUCGGCAGCAGAUCAGAGUGCGCGCGAUGAAGGCGCAAAGAUCUACAUGCCAAGUGUGGAAGGACAAGACAUGGAGACCUUGCGCAUUCUAACCAAGAAGGAAGUUGCGGAGAUUGUGGGUCCGCAGGACGAAGAUUUUGCUAUCUCCGCGGACGGUGACGUCAUUUCAGUGCAGAAUGAGGACCCCUUUGCCGGUCUGUCAGACGAAGAAUUACAGAGGAUGCUUGCAUGAGGCUGCGUACGGAGUCGUAUUCUUUCUGUUCACGACAAAAGUCGAAGCCGUUUGCUUUCAGGCAGUACAACAUCUCAGAAAGUGUACUAGAUCAAGAUAAAGACCAGAACCGCAAUAAGAACUACCAGCGCUCUUGCUACGCAAGUAGAAAAUGAUGAUGCCGUUUGCACGCUACAAAAUUUUUUGAUAUCUGUGGCUCAUUAAUAGAUCUGAAUAUGAGGUGCGUUGGUUUUAUUGUAGGCUGACGCACUUUAGAAACAAGUCAAAGGAAUACAAUAGAGACAGCACGGAAUAAUUAUACAACAAAUAAAUUCUCAGUUGUUCCUUGAGAAUUGAUUUAAAAGCCAUGACACUUCUGUUGAUCUUCCUGGAUUUCAAUGGGUUGCGAAUAAGUAAAUUGGUCGACGUUUGAAAGAUGUUGAAUUUGGUAUGUUCAGAAAGCAGUUGCAAACGUGUAAGAAGUAGAGCAAGAGGUGAAGAAUGCAAAUUUCGAGCGAUCGUUCUGUCGCUUUUAGCAUCCUGACUUGCCCUUGCUAGAAGUGUUUUGCAACGAACACCACAGAUGAGGGUGUUGAGUUUUUGCGAUUACGGAAGGGCGCUUCUAAUUUGACACGAA